GACAAUUUUAAGAGCAGCACGCAAUUUUUAACAAGUUUUUAAUGACCUGAUUUACGGGAAGGUUCCUAACGUGAAAAAACUGCGACAGAUGAACAGCAUUCUUAACAAUCACUACUUUAAAGAAAGGAUUUUGAACAAAGAUUAUCCGAGUCUGAGUGAAAAACAACAGCUGGCUGAAAAUAUUUUGAAAUCCUUUCCCCAGCUCGAAAAGACCAAGGCCUCUCCUGACGAUCCUAUCGAGUCGUUUUUCUUUUGGAAAAAUGGAGGCGAAAAAAAGGGACCUCACACAGGAAUUAUUGAGUGGAAAAUUGGAAAUCUUCGCGGGAAAGUGGAGAAAAAUAAUAGGAAGUUUCUUCGUCCUCCAAAAAGUCUGCCAGAUCCCUGUGAACAUUUGAUGGACGACGCCGAACUCAUUGCGGCGUUGCGGCCGAAUAACCAACACAUGAAACAAAUUUGUGACGGAAUGGCAAAAUGCCAUCCGCAUUUUGCCUUUUUGGUACAACAGGGAAAAUCACUAUCAGACAUUGUCACAGUUUUCCCGCACAUCGUUUCAUACAACGGCCUUGUUAUUAGCAUGUUCGUGUGCGGAUAUCGAUGUGUGUCUGUAAAUAAAAAAACAUAA